UGUGCGUGUUUUAUACCACAGAUUCUGCGCCAUGGACCCCAGUAUACUCGCAGCCAUGGAUAAGGAGGCAUUGAAAAAGCAGAUCGAAAACAUGAAGUAUCAAGCUUCUAUGGAACGCUGGCCGCUCUCAAAAAGCAUCUCCGCGAUGCGAGAGUACGUGGAGGAGAAUGAGAAGAACGACCCGCUCAUACACGCCCCGGACAAGAAAAACAACCCGUGGGCUGAAAAAGGAAAAUGCAUCAUCAUGUAAUGCUGCUGGCCAAACAUAAAAAAAAAAAAAAUAAAGUUGAAAAUAAUAUCAAGACAUAAUAUCCUUAUUCUAAAUUCGAAAAUUACGUUCUCACAUUUGAAGCUGGCCGCCUAGAAACGGCGCGGAAAAAACAAUUGCUCAAGUUGGUAACACUUGAUUUUAAAUAAAGAAUCUUGAUUUUCAUAAUGGAAGGAGAUAAGUAUUUGGGGAAACAGGCGGAAGGAUGGUACCAAAACUGCCAGACAAUAUGUUUCUGAUGAAAUAGUAAUGUAGACGUAUGUUUUUAAACAUGUAAGGCUAAGCCAAGUACAGCUUCGCAAUAAUUUUCAAACAUUUAUUUUUAAUGUAAAAUGCAAUCAAUUUUCCGUUUCCAUUGAAAGUUCUAGUCGUUUUUAUUUUUAUUUAAUAUUAUAAUCAUAAAUACCUAGAUACUGUAAAGUAUGUACAUGGUGACUGUGCGUGACGCAAGUAUGUACUUAUGAAUGUUUUGUUAAACGUUUUAAAAAAAUGUUGUAAAUACGUUAAAUUUUGUAUUUCUAGUAAUAAAAUAUUUUGGUCACAGAACUAUCGGUAGAGAUAUGUAAAACGGGAAGGUAAAUAGUGAAUUUUGCGAAUAAAAUUAAAAAAAAAAUAUUUAAAAUAAACUUUGAACGAGUUAAAUUGGAAAGGUUUGUAAUAUUUAACGUUUAAUUGUGUUAGAAAACUGAUAAGGUCUUGAAAAUGUCUGUGUGUGCAUCUUUUUUUCCAGGAACCCAUGCAUUUCCAUACAAAAAAGCAACUUCCUUUCUCAUCUCGAUUUGUAUGGACCUGCGAUGGAUUCUCUAAACACAAAUUUAAAUAACAGUAGUUUAAAAAUAUUAAAAUAAACAAUCAGGCUAGUUUGAAAAUAAAAUAUUAGUUUAAACGUAGCAUCGACUUUGUCACUAAUAUUAAUUAUUAUAAAAAAACUAAAUUAAAUGCCAAAAUUCCUUGAGCUCGGGACUUUUUGGCAUUUAAAAUGAAAUUAAACUAUAAUUUUAAGGGUCAAUAUCGCAUAUAUCACAACUUAACAACUAUUUGCUGUAUCGCGGAGGUUAGACGAGGAAAAAAGGUAAUGUAAAAAAAUGGCAAUAAUGCAUAGUAGAUGGAAAUAAUGAACGAUUGAGAUAACUUAGAUUAGUAAAAAACUAACGUUAAGAAUUAAUAAUUGUACGCUAUAAAGCGAUUAAAUUUUGUUUGAAAAUCGAAGUAAUUGAUAAGCAGUUAAGAAAACUUUUUUAUAAACAGGUACAUUCAGCAGUGCCAUUAUAAAUAGUAAUAACGCUUGACUACUUACUCCCUGCGAAGUCUGAAUGUUAGAUUUUUCACUUGAGUCGUACUUAAAUUCAGCUUAAUGACGACUUAAGUAGACUUGGAAUUUUAACUGUCAGUUGUAAAUCUUCUUAGAAAAUCUAACUUCUAUAUUCCCAAAAUUCUUUAAAUUGUAUUAAAAACAUAAAGCCUGUUCUUUUUUGGGUUUACAUGGCAGUUGAUUUUGACACCAGCCAGAUUUAUUUUUUUAUUCCAAGCUAUCCAGCCAGUUUUUUGUGUCCAACCUGCGAUACGCUAUGUGUAGGCAAUCAAAAUUAUAAAUAAAAACAUAAUUUGAAUUUUCAUUAAAAUUAAAGCAAACUAUCGUAGUUUCCUACUUAACUUCGUUAAAAAUAUCUUUAAGAUUUCUAGAAUUGAGGUGCUGAAACGUUUUUGAGUAAAAACAAAAUGUUACGGACAGUGUUUAUAGUAAAACACGCAUCAGUACUUCAAUCUUCGUAGUUCUACUAAUCUAAUGCUCCAAUAAAAGGGAUUCGCUAAAAUCCAAAUACUUAAAUAGUGAAUUAUAAAUUAAUGCACUGUAGACAACAUAGUUUAAAUUUAAAUUCUAACCUUUAGUACUUAAAUGUCUCUUUAAACUUACGAUCCUUCUUCUUUGUCAUAUCUAGAAAUGAGAAAAAAAUCAUUCUGGCUGUGAAAAAAUCCAAUGUACCUACCUACAUGAAAAUAAUUUUCAUUAUUUCAUCAUUAGAAAUUUCUGGAUACAUACAAAAAUCAUCUCAAAAUUGACAAUAAAUCAAAUGUUAAAAAUUUCAUUUCGUAAAGUGAAAUAAGAAUAAAAUAAUGGUAGAGGCCGUUUUAUGUGUGAAUACCCGACACAAAAAUGAACUUUAUUCAGUCUUGACUCGUGUUACGUUACAAGCUUGCAUGGUAUUCUCACGUGAAUCGGUCCACAUUAUUAUGCCUAUGUCAAUUCGUGUAUAGUUUUACUCAAGAACCACGUCAGUAUUUUUUCAUCCUUAAAACUUCUUGAAAACAUUCCUGGUCUUAUCGUUAUUUUACACUAUUUAUGACCUUAAUGCCUAAAAUUCACCAUUCAUCAUUAUUAUUAUUUAAAUAAACUUUACUCUUUAGCUACGAUAGUUUUAAAAUUAGCUAUUUUAGUCGAUAAAAGUAGAUUUAGUUUAAAUUAAAUAUUAAGUAAAAAUGUCAAACUUGUUUGUUAAUCUAUAACAUAAAAUGCUAUGCAGAGGUUUAAUCUUAGAUAAAAUAAACGUAUAUAAAUAAUUAGUAAAGUUAAGUAUUUCCUGAUUUUCUGGCGGUUUUAUAAAUUUAAAAAACUUUUUUUUUAACAUCAUCACGAAGUUAUUAUAAAGCACACAAGACAUUUUCAAGACUAUUUCAGGAUUAAAAUUUUAUUUAUGUUUUGUGUAAUUUACUUUUAUGAAUGAUUUACUUUAACUGUAUUAUUAUGUUACACACCAAAGAUUGCGUUUCCAUAGUAUUUCUUAAAUUAAUUAAAUUUUCACUGAAGUUUUAUUCAAAUCUAACACAAAAUUCUAACACCUUAGUCGUUAACGUAUGUAAUGUGUUAGAUUUGAAUAUUCAAAUAUUAAAUAAUCAAUAAGCUACUGAAAUAAAUAGUAAUUUUAAAAGGGGCUAAUCCAAAUUUAAUAACCAGGAUAGAUAAGGUGAUAUUGGAAAUGAUUUUUUUAGGAUCACUAGCUGUAAGGUAUCGUAUGUUAUUAAUAACAUGUAAUCAGUAAUCACUGAAAUAAAUGAAAAUAUAAAA